AUGGCCAACACUCCUCACGGCGGAAUCCUCAAGGAUCUUAUUGUCCGCGAUCAGCCCAUCCACCAGCAGCUCCUCCAGGAGUCCUCGACCCUCCAGUCCGUUGUCCUCACUGAGCGUCAGCUUUGCGAUCUCGAGCUCAUCAUCUCCGGAGGUUUCUCUCCUCUCGAGGGUUUCUUGAACCAGAAGGACUACGACAGUGUUGUCGAUGAUCUCCGUCUCACCAACGGCUCCCUCUGGUCGAUCCCAAUCAACUUGGAUGUCUCCCAGGAGGAUAUUGACCGCAUCUCCUUGAAGGUCGACCAGCGCAUUACUCUCCGCGACCCCCGCAACGACAACCCCAUCGCUAUCUUAACUGUUCAGGACAUCUACAGACCCGACAAGGUCAAGGAGGCUGUCAAGGUCUUUGGAGACGAUGAUGUUGCUCACCCUGCUGUCAAGUACCUCCAUCAGUCUGUCAAGGAGUUCUACGUUGGAGGAAACGUUCAGGCCAUCCAGGCUCCUGUCCACUACGACUAUGUCGCCUACAGAAACACCCCUGCCGAGAUCCGUGCUUUCUUCCAGAAGCUCAACUGGACCCGUGUCGUUGCUUUCCAGACCCGCAACCCUAUGCACCGUGCCCAUCGUGAGUUGACUGUCCGCGCUGCUCGCUCCCGCCAGGCCAACGUCUUGAUCAACCCCGUCGUCGGUUUGACCAAGCCCGGUGAUAUCGACCACUUCACCCGUGUCCGUGUCUACGAGGCCAUCAUCCGCCGCUACCCCACCGGCAUGGCUGCUCUCUCCCUCUUGCCCUUGGCUAUGCGUAUGGCUGGUCCCCGUGAGGCUCUCUGGCACGCCAUCAUCCGCAAGAACCACGGAAACACCCACUUCAUCAUCGGUCGCGAUCACGCCGGUCCUGGAAAGAACUCUGCCGGCAAGGACUUUUACGGACCCUAUGAUGCCCAGUACCUCGUCGAGAAGUACAAGGAUGAGAUCGACAUUGAGGUUGUUCCCUUCCAGCAGGUCACCUACCUCCCUGAUUCCGAUGAGUACGUCCCCUCGGAUGAGGUCCCCGCCGGCGCCAAGACCUUGGAUAUCUCUGGAACUGAGCUCCGCCGCCGCCUCCGCUCUGGUGCCCACAUCCCCGAGUGGUUCUCUUACCCCGAGGUCGUUGCUCUCUUGCGUGAGUCCCACCCUCCCCGCUCCAAGCAGGGUUUCACUGUCUUCUUGACCGGUUACCACGCCUCCAAGAAGGAGCACAUUGCCCGUGCCCUCCAAGUCUCCCUGAACCAGCAGGGUGGUCGCUCGAUCUCCUUGUUGCUCGGCGAGACCAUCCGCGGCAAGCUCUCAUCGGAGCUCGGAUUCAGCAAGCGCGAGCGUGACAUCAACAUUAACCGUCUCGGAUUCGUUGCUGCCGAGUUGACCAAGGCCGGUGCCGGUGUCAUUGUUGCUCCCAUUGCCCCUUACGAGGAUGCCCGCAAGCAGGCCCGCCAGGAGGUUGAGAAGUCUGGAGGGUUCUUCCUCGUCCACGUCGCCACCCCCCUCGAGCAGUGCAUUGCCUGGGACCGCGAUGGUGUCUACGAGCGCGCCAAGAAGGGCGAGAUCACUGGCUUCACCGGCAUUGAUGAUCCCUAUGAGGCUCCUAAGAACGCCGAGUUGGUUGUCGAUCCCUCCACCGAGAGCGUUGCCCAGAUUGUCCGUCGCAUUGUCUUGUUGUUGGACCAGCAAGGAUACUUUGGCGAUGUCUAA